AUGCGGAAGCUGCUUCAACUGCUCGCCCGGGCUCGCGCUCUUAAACCAUGGCCCUCCCCCAAAGGCGCAGGCGCAGGCGCACGUCUAGGGCCAUUCGCAUGGAGCGCUCCUCUGUCACAGCCGCCGGCUUUUCUGGCGCAGCACCACCAAGCGACCGCCAGCACUUCGCCGAGGUCGUCCAAGUGCGCAUGCCCAUGA